GGUAAGGAAAAAAAGGGAGCCCCGUGAGCGCGAGCCAAGGCCAGACGCAAUAAUCAUUCAACCCCAGGGCGAGCUUAGCUAUAGCGACAUCCUCCGUAUGGUCACCAGGCGCCAGGAUGGCAAGCUUCAGGAGGUAGGGGAUAAUGUUAACAGAAUCCGGAGGACGGCAAAGGGCGAGCUGCUGCUCGAGCUCAACGGCGCGAGCAAAAGCAACACAGCUAAGCUCAAGGAGGAUAUCAGCGCGGCACUGGGACUGCAGACGGGCAUCAGGGCGGUGUCAGAAGAACUCUGCGUGGAGGUCAGGGAUCUCGACAGCCUGGUCGAGAAGGAGGACAUCGCAGCAGCGAUAGCUGCAUCGAUAGACGCCCCCAGCGUGGACACCAGCGCCAUUAAAAGUCUGAGGCCAUCGUUCGCUGGUACGCAACUGGCAGUUGUGUGCCUGCCGCCCGUGCAGGCAAGAGCCCUGCUCAUGGUGGGGAAACUUAAAGUCGGAUGGACAAGCUGUAGGAUCCGGGAGCGGACAGCUCAACGACGAUGCUACAGGUGUCUGGAGUUUGGGCAUCUAGCAAUCAGGUGCAAGAGCGCGGUGGAUCGCACCGGAUGCUGCCUCAGAUGCGGCGUGAACGGGCACAAGGCGGCAACCUGUCAAAGCGAUCCGCGGUGUUUCAUCUGCACCGCUAACAACAGCAAUGAGACGAACCAUUAUGCGGUUAGCAGGAGAUGUCCAGCAGCCAGGAGCGUGCCCAGCUUGCCGGCCCAAUAAUGAAGGUUAUGCAGCUCAACCUCAACCACUGCGCUGCGGCUCAAGACCUGCUGAGCCAAUCCAUAAGAGAAUUGGCAAUUGACCUCGCCAUCCUCAGCGAGCCAUAUCAAACUAGGGAGUCCCCUGGGUUCAUCUUGGAUGCCACCAAAAAGGCCGCGAUAUGGCUAUGCGGGGCCACGCCAUUGCAGCUUUCCCUCUCAAGCGCUGCUGCUGGGUUUGUGCGCGCCAAGGUCGGAGGUACUCUAGACAACCUAGCGGCUGAUGCUAGAGGACGUCACCCAAUAGCCAUUGGAGGGGACUUCAACGCGUGGGCUGAGGAGUGGGGAAGCGUGGCGACGAAUGCGAGAGGUAGAGCUCUGCUGGAGAUCAUUGCGCCCCUGGACAUCGCGCUCCUCAACGAGGGAAACCAGCAUACCUUCUCCAGAGCAGGAACAGGAUCGGUCAUCGACCUUACAUUUGUCAGCAGCUCACUUUUUAAUU